AUGGCCAAGGGUAAGAAAGCCAAAUCUGCAGAGCAAAAAGCCCGCACGGCUGCAAAACAGUCGAAGAAAGCCGCCAAGGGCGAGAAAAAGAAAAGUGUCAAAGCAGCGGCUUUAAAUGCCGACUCAGAUGGCGAUGAUGAUGGUGAUCUGGAUGCCAUGCUAGCUGCCUACGCUGAAGAGCAAGCCAAGUACCUCAAGGUCACAGAGCAACCCUGCGGCCCGCCCGGUCCCAGGUCGUCGAGCACAAUAGUUGCGUCGCCGUCCAACAGGAACGAGUUGUUCCUCUUUGGUGGCGAGUAUCAUGACGGGAGCACGGCCUCCUUCUACAAUGACCUAUUCGUAUACCUCAUCGAUAAAGGUGAGUGGCACCAGAUAGUCUCAGGAAACAGUCCCUUGCCCCGAAGCGGACAUGCAGCCUGUCGAGGCGGCAAUACCGGUGGGAUCUACGUGUCAGGAGGUGAAUUUUCCUCGCCCAAGCAGAACCAGUUCUAUCACUAUCACGACUUCUGGCAUUUGGACACCGAAACAAGGGAAUGGACCAAGCUCGAACCGAGGGGAAAGGGGAAAAGCCCUCCUGCCAGAAGCGGUCAUCGAAUGACAUAUUUCAAGAACUAUAUUGUUCUUUUCGGUGGCUUUCAAGAUACCUCGCAACAGACGAAGUAUUUGAAUGACACGUGGAUCUAUGACUGCCGGGAGAAUAUAUGGCACGAGAUGAAACUCGCGCCUGCAGCUCAGAGACCUGACCCUCGCUCGUCGUUCAGUUUCUUACCCCACGAGUCCGGUGCUGUCUUGUAUGGAGGUUACUCUCGUGUAAAGACAUCCACUGGCGUUGGAGGCGGGGGAAAGCAAGCAGGUAAAGGCAGUGGGGGCUCAGCCCCAGUGCGGAAUAUUCUCAAGCCGCUUGUGCACCAAGACACCUGGUUCCUCCGCAUCACUCCCCCAAGCUCAGAAGCGGCGAGCGGUACUCCUCCGUCACUCCGCUGGGAACGGCGGAAGCGGCCGGCGAACGCGCCAAACCCACCCCGUGCUGGGGUAACGAUGUCUUUUCACAAAGGGCGCGGUAUCUUGUUUGGAGGUGUCCACGAUGUCGAAGACAGCGAGGAGGGUAUUGACAGCGAAUUCUUUAACGACUUGUUCAUCUGGAACGUUGAUCGAAAUCGAUUUUUUCCGCUGUCGCUGAGGAGACCUAAGGCCGGCGGGCCCAAAAAGCAACUCCCAAAUGCAGCUCGCGGAGGCCGUGAUCGGGGAAAGGCGGAUGAGGAAGAGCUACUCCGCAAUCUGGCAGCUCUGGAGACGAAAGGCUCAAUAUCGGGUGCUCUGGACAUCGACCUCGACAUCAAAGACGGGGAAGAGCCUGAGCCUGAACGGCCAAAAAGGGACUAUCCUGUUCGAUUUGAAAUGCCCCACCCCCGUUUCAACGCGCAGCUCACUGUGCAGGACGACACACUGUAUAUCUUCGGAGGCACACUGGAGAAGAAAGACGUGGAAAUCACAUUUUCUGAUCUAUAUGCCGUCGACCUGGGCAAGCUCGACGGCGUGAAAGAGCUGUACUACGUCGAACCGGCCAACUGGAACGUGACCAGCCAAGAAAGCGACGAGGAGAUGGAAGACGACGACGAGGACGACGAAGAAGACGAAGGGGAAGACGAUGACGAUGUGGACAUGGACAUGGACUCGGACGAUGACCUCGAGAGCCGGGCGGAGAGUAGCAUGUCCUUCGACUCGCGCCCCUCGGCGUCCACGGCUCCCACCACGCCCCUGUUCCGGCCCACCGAGCUCGAGACCGAGCCCGAGACCCUGGCCUCGCAGGACUCGCGCCCGUUCCCGCGUCCUUUCGAAUCCCUCCGAGAAUUCUACGCCCGUACAUCGGAAGACUGGCAGCGGAUCCUGAUCGAGAAACAAUCGUACGGCGGCAGGGCAGAGGCCGCGGCGUUGGCGGCCGAGCAGACGAUCAAGGAGUUGCGGAAGAAGGCGUUCGAGCAGGCCGAAGAGAGGUGGUGGGAUUGUCGCGAGGAGGUGGGACGGUUGGAGGAUGAGCAGGAAGAGGCAGGCAUCGGUGAAAUUGUCAGCAUGGAGGCACGGGGGGCGGAAGGAGGAGGUGUGGGCCGGAGACGUUAA